UCUGUUUUCUUUAUUUAUCGCAAAACAAAAUUUCGAGGGCAAGAUUCAGAACACGAUGCAGACGUCGGGGGAAAAUGACUUCUCUCAGCCGCCGGUCGUCUUCUUCGAUUUGGAGACGACAGGACUGGGUCCGGCGUGCGAGUUGGUCCAGCUCGCUGCGAUGAGCGGAGGCCACUCUCUCAACCUCUACACAGUCCCCCGGUGUCGAAUGGAACCGGGCGCCGCCAGGGUGACGGGCCUCAGGGUGCGCCGACAAAAGCUGUACCUCCGCCGCCGCCCUGUUCCCACAAGGACCCUGCGCGAAGUGCUGCUGUCCUUCGUCGCCUUCCUGCGGUCAUUCGGACGACCCCUGCUGGCGGGCCACAACAUCCGCCGAUUCGACUGCCGGCCGCUGGCCCGAGCCCUGGACGAGACGGGCCUCCGGGCGGAGUUCGAGGCGUCCGUGGCCGGAUUCUUGGACACGCUGCCGCUCGCCCGGGAAGUGCUGAAGGAGUGCGGCAUGAGCAGCUUCAAGCAGGAGUACCUGGUCAAGGAGCUGAUGGGCGUGGUCUACAAGGUUCACGAUGCUUUAGAAGACGUGCGCUCUUUGCAGAUGCUCUUCAACGUGCUCCAACCCAAGCCGGACGUGGUCGCACGCUACACGUUCAGUCUGAGCGAUGUGCAGGAUACGACCGGAGCUCCCAAAGCUGAGCGUCUGCUGCCAGGACAGCGCCUCCUUUGGCAACACCUGGAACAGCAAGUGAAAGAAACGGACGGGGAAGCGGAAGGGCACCACAGCAUGUAGCGCUGACCUUGUUGACCAAUUUAGUUGUUUUUAAUCCACCUUCUGAAUUCAACUCAUAUUCAAAUAAUCGCCCUUUUAUUACAGUAUUUUCCUACUGCCAAAUAAAUCUAAUCAGUUUUA